AUGACAAGAACCACAAAUGUUACUCAUACGCUGCGUUAUACUAUGCCAUCAAUUAAAGAUUUGCGUUUCAAUCACUUUGAAGAGUUGCCAGCAAAUGCAUUUGAGGGCCUUUCUCAGGUAGCAACGUUGUUUCUAAAUGAAAAUGAGAUUGCCUUUCUUCAGGAUGGUGCACUAAAUGGACUUGUGGCGAUGCGGUUUCUAUAUUUGAACAAUAAUCGUAUUAGCCGCUUACCCAUGCAUGCCUUUCAACAGUUGAAGCAUUUGGAAGCUAUCUAUUUGCAGAAUAAUGACAUCUGGCAAAUUGAUGUUCAUACAUUCAACAACUUACCCAAUCUAAAUCGCUUAUUCCUAUUUAACAACAAACUGACAAAUAUCCCAGCGGAAGCGUUUUCCAAUUUACCAAGUCUCAAGCGUUUACGGCUUGAUGGCAAUCCAAUCGAUUGCGAUUGCAGCAUUUAUGCACUUUGGCAGUACCAUCGACGUCUUCCUCAACGUCAACAAAUAACAAUCAGUUUAAAUUGUGAAACUCCGGCAGAAUUGUAUGGUCGCGAUUUUUCAAAAUUGCAGGAGGCACAAUUUCAUUGCAAAAAACCAGAAAUUGUCGCUGCACCGCAUGAUAUGCGUCUCAAUGCAGGUGACACAGUUGAAUUACCAUGUCAUAUGACAGGUGACCCAAAACCGGAAAUUAUUUGGAUGCAAAACACAAACGAAAUCUCACGUGAUUUUUCAGCACGAAUGCAAAUACUACCAACAGGAAACCUGAAAAUAAAUUCAGUCAUUCCCAAUGAUAUUGCCAUAUAUGAAUGCAUCGGACGAAAUGAAGUAGGUGAAACCAGAACUCAACCUAUUCGUGUGAUGGUUGAAAAUGACAUUGGCGAUACCAGUGCACAACAUCUAUCAUUGCCCUUGAUACAGAACGAAUUCGAUAUGGAUAAACCUCCGCAUUUUAUUCACUCGCCAAUGGAUCAAAUUGUUGCAUUAAAUGGUGAUGCGGUAAUGCUUGAUUGUGUUGCCACAGGUGUGCCUCAGCCAGAAACGCAGUGGUUUUUUAAUGGACGCCUCAUUGCACACUCGACUGAAACUGUUCGUCUACAAACAAAUGGUAGCUUACAAAUUCUACAACCAACACUAAUGACUGCGGGAACAUAUCGUUGCGAGGCAACUAAUCAUUUGGGCACUGCUCAAACCAGUGCCAAAAUUGAUGUGCGAGAACUUCCUGAAAUAUUGAUUGCACCACAAAAUCAAAUCGUAAAAAUGGGUAAGUCAAUUAUGUUGGAAUGCGAUGCAGACGGUAAUCCUAUACCAACAAUUUCGUGGCAAGUGAACGGUCAGCGUAUUAUUAAAAGCAAACGUGUUUUGCUUGAAAACGAGAAUACCGAGCUUAUUAUCGAACAAGCAACUGAAGAGGAUACAGGCAUAUACACUUGCACAGCAGAAAACGAGAAUGGGAAAUCCACGGCCAAAGCUACAAUCACUGUGGAACGCAUUGACAGUGCGCCCAUACUUUUAAUUGAACCAUUUGAUUUAGAGGCAAUAACUGGUACCACAAUCGAAUUGCCAUGUAAAGCUGAUGAACACGAAGGCAUUCAGCUAACAUGGCGUCGGGAUGGACGACUAAUUGAUCCAAACGUAUUAUUAAAGGAAAAGUAUCAAAUUAGUGGCACAGGCAGCCUUUUCGUUAAAAAUGUUACCAUAUUCGAUGGAGGACGUUAUGAAUGCUCGGUAAAGAAUGAAUUUGGACGUGCAACCGCCUCUGCUUUAAUUACUAUUAAAAAUAAUGAAGAUUUGGCGCCCGGUGAUCGUUAUGUAAGAAUUGCUUUUGCGGAAGCUGCUAAGGAAAUUGAUAUUGCUAUCAACAACACAAUAGAUACUCUUUUUAGCAGCCGUAGUCGUUCUACAUCUCCUCCAAAUUAUAGUGACUUACUACGCGUUUUUCGAUUUCCUACUGGUGAGGCCCGUCAAUUGGCUCGUGCUGCCGAAAUUUAUGAACGUACACUGCAUAACAUACGUAAACAUGUACAUCGCGGCGAUAAUCUAACCGUUGAGAGCGAUAAAUAUGAAUUCAGAGACUUGUUGUCUCGUGAACACUUGCACUUGGUUGCUGAACUAUCAGGUUGCAUGGAACAUCGUGAGAUGCCCAAUUGCACGGAUAUGUGCUACCAUUCUAAGUAUCGCAGCAUAGACGGUACUUGCAACAAUCUGAUGCAUCAAACAUGGGGCGCUUCUUUAACCGCUUUUCGACGCAUUUCAAAGCCAAUUUAUGAAAAUGGAUUCAGUAUGCCAAUUGGGUGGAUGAAAAAUAAAACAUAUGCGGGAUAUCCGAAACCAAGUUCGCGCUUAAUAUCGACUACUCUAAUAUCCACAAAAGAAAUUACUCCUGACGAUAGAAUUACACAUAUGGUCAUGCAAUGGGGACAGUUUCUGGAUCAUGAUUUAGAUCAUGCAAUUCCAUCCGUCAGCUCCGAGAGUUGGGAUGGUAUUGAUUGUAAGAAAACUUGUGAGUUUGCACCGCCCUGCUAUCCAAUCGAAGUGCCACCAAACGAUCCACGCGUCAAAAAUCGACGUUGUAUAGAUGUUGUACGUUCCAGUGGAAUCUGUGGUUCUGGAAUGACAUCAGUAUUUUUUGAUAGUAUACAACAUAGAGAACAAAUUAAUCAACUUACGUCUUAUAUAGAUGCAUCUCAAGUUUACGGUUUCAGCUAUGCUUUUUCACAAGAACUUCGUAAUCUAACUACUGAUGACGGACUGUUACGAGUAGGUGUGCAUUUUCCAAAUCAACGUGACAUGCUACCAUUUGCCGCUCCACAAGAUGGAAUGGACUGUCGUCGCAAUCUGGACGAGAACACAAUGAAUUGCUUUGUAGCAGGUGAUAUACGUGUUAACGAACAAGUAGGUUUGUUGGCCAUGCAUACUAUUUGGAUGCGUGAACAUAACCGUAUUGCUGUAAAAUUACGUGAUAUUAAUCCGCAUUGGGACGGUGACACUCUUUUCCAGGAGGCACGCAAAAUAGUUGGCGCUCAAAUGCAACAUAUUACAUAUAAGCAUUGGUUGCCACUUAUAGUGGGACAGAGCGGUAUGAGUAUGCUUGGUGAGUAUCGCGGAUAUAACCCAAAUGUGAAUCCGACAAUUGCCAAUGAAUUUGCGACUGCAGCGUUACGAUUUGGACACACAAUCAUUAACCCAAUACUUGAACGUUUAAACUCCACAUACCAACCGAUACAAGAGGGCCAUUUAUUAUUACAUAAAGCCUUCUUUGCACCAUGGAGACUCGCUUAUGAGGGCGGUGUAGAUCCUUUGAUGCGUGGUAUGUUUGCUGUGCCUGCUAAAUUAAAAACUCCCGAUCAAAAUUUAAAUACGGAACUGACAGAAAAGCUUUUCCAAACUGCACAUGCAGUUGCUUUAGACUUGGCUGCUAUUAACAUACAACGUGGCCGAGAUCAUGGUAUUCCAGGCUAUAACGUUUAUCGCAAAUUUUGUAAUUUAACUGAAGCAAAAACAUUCGAAGACUUACGACUUGAAAUUAGUGAUGCUGAAACUCGUAGAAAACUAGAAAAGCUUUAUGGACAUCCAGAUAAUAUCGAUGUUUGGGUUGGUGGUGUUUUAGAAGACCAGGUUCAAGGAGGCAAAGUGGGACCUCUCUUCCAAUGCUUAUUAGUUGAACAAUUUCGACGUUUACGCGACGGAGAUCGCUUCUACUAUGAAAAUCCAACAGUUUUCUUACCGGAACAAUUACAGCAAAUAAAACAAGGCAGCCUAGCACGUGUACUUUGCGACAGUGGUGAUAAAAUUGAAGAAAUAAAUGAAGAUGUUUUUAUAUUGCCAAAACAUCAAAACGGUUUUAUGAAAUGCCAGGAUGUAAAUGGUAUUAAUUUAUACUUUUGGCAAGAUUGUGGAAGUUGUAGUAGCUUACCUCCUUUAUUAAAUAGUUAUGUGCCACAAACUUAUGAAAAAUAUACGCGUAGAAAAAGGGAAGUACUUGCCGAAGAAGAAAUACAGAUACCACCGAUGAUCAACAAUCAUCUGGAAACCUUAAUAGAUAACAACGAAGAACGUGUCAGUGGUAUUGAAGACAUCAUAAGUAGUUUCCAAAGAGAACUCAAAAAACUACAUAAAAAGCUUAAAAAACUUGAGAACCAAUACAACAAUGACGGCAGUACCGACGACAACGUAAGCUAUAUGCUCAAACCAAGAAGAAACUAUUGUACUGAACAAAAUGGAACUACACGCCUCAACAAUGAAGUAUGGACUCCUGAUUACUGUACCAAAUGUGAAUGCAGACACGCACAAAUUACUUGCACUCGCGAAAAAUGUGGAGAUGUCGUGUGCGAAAGUGGAGUGGUUCCAAUAACGUUUCCAGAUGCUUGUUGUCCACACUGUCCAAAACUAGUUCAAGGAAAUGAGUUAAAAAGACCUUAAAUAACGAUAGCACAAAAGUAUACGUGUAACAUAAAAUCAAACAUGAAAACUGAAAACUGAAAACUUACUCAAUGCUAAGACAAAUCUAAUUCAAUAGCAAACAACAAACAAUCAAACAUACAAUUUGCUUCUUAUUAUAAAAAAUCAAACAUAAAUUAGAAGGCUAAUUGAAACUUGAAUAGUUUAUUUGCAUUCAUUAGGUCAAAAUCUUACCAAAAAUAUAAUGUCCGAGACUGUAAACACCAACAAUAUAUACAUGAAAGUGCUAACAUACAACAUCUACAACGACAAUUAAAUUUGUACCUAUUUACUUAACUGUUUUUUUAUCUUAUCACCGUUGCCAUUUAGCAUAAAUAAAGCUUUACUCCUAAUCUAUAAAAAACUUAGUUAUUAAUCUCCAGCACUUAAACCAAAAAAAAACAUACUAACUCACAUGUCAAAACCAAUAUUACCAAAGUAGCAGUCAAAAAAUAA